UAUUUUAUUCGUGUUGACUGUGUUACUCAUUCAAAGUGCCCAGGGGAUGUGAAUAAUCAGUGUCACUUAUUUGUUUUUACUUAGGGUCAGUUUCACUUUGUUUUCUGUAUCCCUGAAUCAAGUCUACAAGCUGAGCAAUGACCAUAGUUGACAAAGCUUCUGAAUCUUCAGGCCCGUCAGCCUAUCAGAAUCCACCUGGCAGUUCGGAGGCGGUCUCACCUGGAGACAUGGAUGCGGGUUCUGCCAGCUGGGGUGCUGUGUCUUCGUUAAAUGAUGUUUCAAACCACACCCUUUCUCUAGGACCAGUACCUGGUGCUGUAGUUUACUCCAGUUCUUCUGUAUCUGAUAAAUCAAAGCCAUCACCACAGAAAGAUCAAGCCCUAGGUGAUGGCAUUGCCCCUCCGCAGAAGGUUCUCUUCCCGUCUGAGAAGAUUUGCUUGAAGUGGCAGCAGACUCACAGAGUUGGAGCUGGCCUCCAGAAUUUGGGCAAUACCUGCUUUGCCAACGCGGCACUGCAGUGCCUCACCUACACGCCGCCUCUCGCCAAUUACAUGCUGUCGCACGAGCACUCCAAGACCUGUCACGCAGAAGGAUUUUGUAUGAUGUGUACGAUGCAAGCACACAUCACCCAGGCGCUCAGCAAUCCCGGGGAUGUGAUCAAGCCCAUGUUUGUCAUCAACGAGAUGCGCCGGAUAGCCCGACACUUCCGUUUUGGAAACCAAGAGGAUGCCCAUGAGUUCCUUCAGUACACUGUCGACGCUAUGCAAAAAGCAUGCUUGAAUGGCAGCAAUAAGUUAGACAGACACACCCAGGCCACCACAUUGGUUUGUCAGAUAUUUGGAGGAUACCUAAGGUCCAGAGUCAAAUGUUUAAAUUGCAAGGGCGUUUCUGAUACUUUUGAUCCAUAUCUUGAUAUUACAUUGGAGAUAAAGGCCGCGCAGAGCGUGAACAAGGCCUUGGAGCAGUUUGUGAAGCCGGAGCAGCUGGACGGAGAGAACUCCUACAAGUGCAGCAAGUGUAAAAAGAUGGUUCCUGCGUCCAAGCGGUUCACGAUCCACAGGUCCUCCAACGUGCUCACGCUCUCUCUGAAGCGCUUUGCCAACUUCACUGGUGGGAAGAUUGCUAAGGACGUGAAGUAUCCUGAGUACCUCGACAUCCGGCCGUACAUGUCUCAGCCGAGUGGAGAGCCCAUCAUUUACGUUCUGUACGCGGUGCUGGUGCACACGGGCUUUAACUGCCAUGCUGGCCAUUACUUCUGCUACAUCAAGGCCAGCAACGGGCUCUGGUACCAGAUGAACGACUCCAUCGUGUCCACCAGUGACAUCAGAUCCGUCCUCAGUCAGCAGGCUUACGUCCUCUUCUACAUCAGGUCCCACGACGUGAAGAAUGGAGGUGAUCUUCCUCACGCCGCCCACAGCCCCGGCCAGUCGUCCCCUCGCCCGCUCCUCAGUCAGCGGGGGGUCAGCAGCAAGCAGGCGGCGCCGGGCUUCAUCGGGCCGCAGCUCCCCACGCACGUGCUGAAGAAUCCUCCUCAAUUAAAUGGGACCGGACCGUUGAAAGACGCACCAGGCAGCUGCAUGUCCAGUCCCAAUGGGAGUUCCAGCGUCAACAGAGCUAGUCCUGUGCACGCCUCGACUUCGGUGCAGAGCUGGUCGGUGAACAGGCCCUCUGCUGCCCCGGAACACCCCAAGAAGCAGAAGAUCACCAUCAGUCUCCACAACAAGCUGCCUGUGCGCCAAGGCCCGUCCCCAGCCGGCCCCCACGGCGGUCCCUCGGAGAGCCCGGGCAAGCCGGCCCCCUGCGCCACCGUCUCCACUCCCGCAGUACAGCCUACCUCGAACGCGGCCAGCGCCGUCCCCAAGCCCGUCGCCCCCGCCGAAGCCUGCUCCGCCCCCAUGGUCAACGGCACGGCCAAGCUCAGCCCCAAGCUCAGCCCCAAGCUCAGCCCCGGCGUGCUCGUGCCCUACGGGGCCGAGUCAUCGGAGGAGUCGGACGAGGAGCCCAAGGGCCUGCGCCGAGAGCACGGGCUCGGGGCCAGGCUGCCCGAGAACUGCCCGCCUGCCCGCGCCGAGGCCGGAAGCAGCCCCGCCUGCCAGCAGGAGCCUGUCCACGGUGCUAAGGGCGCAGACAGCGAAGCCACGGAAAGCGGGCCGUCUGUGGAUGGCGCCAGCUGCCAAGUCGCGCCUGCUGUGCCCUCAGAAAGCUCCUUUGCUAAGGCCAAUGGUCUUCCUGGAAAGUUGACACCUGCUCCUUUGCCAUCUCUCCCAGAAGACGAGAUCUUAGAGACCUGCACACUCAGUAGCAAAGCGCAAGGCGCGGCAGGCGAGACGAGCGGCAGCUGCCUGGCACCGGCGGUGGACAACAGCCCAGAGGAUCCCACAGCAGAGCCCGAGCCCGAGGCUGGCGCAGUGCCACCGGAGACAUGGGAGAGGGCCGCCGGCCUCGUCGGGAGCAGCCGGAAGGCCCUGCCGCCCUCCGACCCUGGUGGCGCCUCCUCCAAAGAAGGCCCUGAUGAGGCCUCGACGGUAGCCAAGGAGCCCGUGCCCGGGGCCAGCGGCCCGUGCCCCAGCCCCCAGCCUGCCGCGGGGGACAGCCAGCCCUCCCAGCAGGACUAUGGCAGCUGCUCCGGGGCCCCUGGCAGCCCACUGCAGGAGGUGACAGGGCCGCUGGCGGGCAGUCCCUCGGACCCAGCGCCCCCGGAGAGGGCAACUGAGCUGAGCCCAGUGCCCGUGGCAUCUGCCGAGGCUGCCUGUGAGCGCAAACUGUCAGUGCACCUCAGUGGGGACUGGGGCCGCGACCCUGAGGGGCCUGCCGCGCCCCCUGCACAGCCGGCCAGGACCGCAGGAAGCCAGCCUGAAGGGGGCUCUGGGCAGAGCCGCGGGGACAGGGGCGAGGAGAGCAAAGGUGGGCACAGCGGCCUGGAGCGGUCUCCGGUUAAGGAGAGAGUGGGCGGCCCGCGGAAGGUGGACCGGGGCCAUUACCGCACCUGGCGGGACCGCUCCUCCAGCGGGGAGCACGUGCGGGAGAGCCGCAGCAAGACCCAGGAGCACCGGCACCGGAAGCGGCACUAUGACCGGGAGCGGGCCCGGCCCGAGCGCCACCCGGCCGAGCCCUGCGGCGCCCAGCACCCCCUGAGCCCCGGUGACCGGCACUCCCUGGGCACCUACGGCCACCACCACUCGCGCCCCAGGAGCGCCUCGGCCCAGGGCUGGAGCAGGUGCCACCCGUCAGAGAGCGAGCACGCCUGGGGCCGGGGCAAGUACUACCCGGACAGGAUGCGGUGGGACAAGUGCAGGUACUACCACGACAGGUACACCCCGUACGCGCCCCGGGACUGGAAGCCCUUCCACAGCGGCCGGCCCUGCAAGGACUACCGCUGGAGCGGCCGGGGCUACGAGGCUCUGGCCAGGGACAGGCAGCGGCACCACGCGCACAGCACCCGCACGGCCACCACAGCCCCGGGCCCCGAGAAAGUGGCCCAGGUGGCUCACGAUGGCGCUGCCAGCCUCGCUGAGCGCUUUCACGAGCACGAGGAGCUGCGGUCCCGGAAGCGGAGGUAUGGCAGUGUGGACAGCGACGACGGCCAUGACAGCCACGCGGCCAGGAAGGCUCCCCGGAGCCCGCAGAGGGACUUGGCGGAGGAGCCGAAAGCCAAGAAGCACAAAAAGUCCAAGAAAAAGAAAAAAUCCAAAGAUAAACACCGAGAGCGGGACUGCAGGCAUCAGGACUCAGACCUGGCGGGAGCAAACUCCGACGCAGACCUCCACCGCCACCGGAAGAAGAAGAAGAAAAAGAAGAGGCAUUCGAGGAGAUCGCAGGACUUGGCGAAGGCCCCUGAGCGAGGCCUGCCAAAAGCCACGAGCUAUGGCACUGGGGACCGCUGGCACAGGGGCGAGGGCAGCUUCCUGCUUGCCACCCUGCCCGGGGAGAGCCUGGGGCCUUUACGUGACAAAGCCAAGCACCUGCGGCCGGAGGGCAGGGCCAGCAGGUGCCGCCUGUCCGAGCAUGGCCAGGGUGAUUGAAAACUCAGCCUCAAAACCCCACUAGUCAUGAUUGACCGUGUUCAACAGAAGCCAUCCCCAACCCAGCUUAAAUUAUAAACACAGAGAGUAACCUUGUUCAAAUCUGCGUGGUGCUGCUUUGGUAAAUACUGUACAGAUUUUACCAUGGAGAAUUUUUUUUUUUAGUUUUUACCUUUUCUUAAUUGCCCUUAUUCCAAGUGGAUGAACACUUUCUACAACCGUGGACCCUUGUAAGAUACCGUGCACAGAGCUCACCUUGAAGCUAACGCCCUGGAACCCGACAUCUCAAAUGCUGCUUCCUUCAGCCUCAGGUCGACCCUUCUCACGUAAUGUUCCUCCACGUCAGGCAUCUGGUGCAAGACCAAGCGGGAGGCCGGGAACCACAAGUACAAACUGACCGUCUGUGUGUGUAAUUUAAAGACUUAUUUAAAGAGCCGCAGGCGCUCGAGCAGGCCUGCGAGGGCCCUGUCGGCCGCGAUGUCUGACACUAGAAACUAAUUGGCUUCAUAUUUUAGUUGUAUUCAAGAUUUGAAGAUGUAUUUUAUAGACAAGUUCUGUUUUUGAACUUUGUGGAACUAUUCCAAUCAAUUGACCAGUUAUGAUGAGUAUUUACAUUAUGAAUGUAUAAUCCAAACAUUAUUUGUAAAGCCUACAGUAUGUUUUUAUUACAUAACUUUUUUAUACAGCGUCUCUGUCUUGACUGUAUACCGGAGUCUGAGUUGUCAGCUUGGUCCCUUAAGGUUUCUAGUUACAGACAAAAUCAUACUGUGAUUUUAUUUUUACUAUGGAUAUGCUAUCAAACUGUGACACACUUACAACUCACUGGUCCUGCAUCAGGAGACGGAGUGGGGAGGACUGUAUUGAAUACAGUUUGUAUCUGAAUAAUCUGUAUGGCUUAUACAGUUUGUGUUGUUCAGAGAUGUCUAAAGUUUGAUCUUUGUUUUUUUAAAGAUUAAAAAAGCACUUGCCCCACUGUAAAUAUACAGCAUGUAAAAUUUAUAUAGUAUAUAAACAGCAGCGAAGUCACCA